AUGAGCGCUAACUCACCUAUACGAGGUGUACCGCAGCAGGUCGCUGAACCCAACUACUUCAUUCAGCGGUUCCUUCGUUCGGUCCAGCCCUUCUACUACCAGCAUGCGCAGUAUGGCCAGGAGUACUUUGAGCGCUCCCGACGAACGGGUGACAAGCUGCUCAACGAAGACUGGGAGCUAGCGGCACAGUGGUCCCCCGAGUCGACGAAUUCCGCGUUACCGCAGUAUCUCCAAGCAGACCCUAUCGUUGCGCCUUCCCUGCCCUCGUCGUCACUCCUCGGAACGACACAGCCCGUCGCCAGACAGCACAGCACGAGUCCAGGACUCGGCCCUGUGGACAACUCGUCUGGGCGUGGGAAGCAUUCUCGGCCACGAACGGGGAACGCUCUGCGCACAGCGCCCUAUGCACGGCGCCCAAAGGAAGCAGCGGCCCCCGUGUACUACUCGCACCACGCUUCGCCUGCUUCACCAGGAUCAGCCGACGACCUUGGGGAGAGCAGGCGGCAUGCCGGAGCUGGGCAGGAACGGCGAGUUGUGUCUGCUGACGACAAUGUCCACAUCGCCCUGCUGAAGCAGCAGUACAACGAACGUCGACGACGAAGCAGUGAGGAGCAGGAACAGGUACUGGCGUCUGUCACGACCCCGGUGGAGAACAACGAGAAGAGGAGCAGGGCUGCGUGUCCCCCUGAUCUCGAUUUCGGUCACACGAAUACCAAACCACGUACAAUUCAAGCAGAGGCCGGCCGCCUCACACUGCACCCUGUGGCCGCUCCACCAGCAGAUGUUCAGCACCCGCGUGGAAUCUUCUUACGGGGCGUGGCGUCGCACCCAGUGACCGUGUCGCAGCACCCGCCAGUGCCCGAUGCGAACGCCCGAGCGGGCACCGGUGGAUUCGACCAGCUGCGCUUCCUUGGCGUCAGCGAGGAAGCAAGGCAGCAGCAGGCACCCCCCUCACAGCAACUGGCGUACCCGUCCACACUGGCUACGUCUGACCAGCCAUUGCCUCAGGCGUCUAUGCGCACGACUCCUUCCGACAUCCAAUUACCCCCUCUCCGCACCUUGGACACGGACGCCCUCGCCCCUCGCUACCGCGAGACUGCGGAUCAGUCGUACUCGUGGCGGGAAGGACGCACGACUCCCCCACACGAGGCAGUCGGUUACGCAGGCUUCCCUUCGUACGCUGGUGUCGGGCGCGGUGAAUCUGCUUUGCCGAGCGUCACUGUGACGCCGGAGACGACGCCAGAGAGCUACUGGGGAUCUGCCUAUCCGACAGCUGCACGCCAGUCACACGUUAUGGACUACCAGCGUCAACAGCAGCAGUACCAGCAGUUCAACACGCAGCAGGUCCACUCGCCGUACUACCCGCCUCCACCGGUUCCGACGAACGACUACGCUGCGUAUCCGUACGCCUCGUGGGCUAGCACUGCCUACCCCGCCGAGACAACGCAGCCGCGUGAGAGUGGCACCGCCGACCGCGCUGUUUCUGCAGACCCUAGGCGGUAUGACGACAGCCGGUCAUGGGACCGGCCGUACUCCGCCCCUCCACCCCUUGGCCGAGAAACGUCGCACCUUCUCAACGCCAUGCGAGGUGAGCCGACGACGACCCGACCGCGUCCGGUGCCAGCGCAGUGGUCAGUGGCUGCCGACGUGCAGGGCUCGCAGGGCUCCCCUCCGCGCGACCCCCGGCGACAGUGGACGCCUGUCGGGCCGGAAACGUCGCAGCCCGUGGCGGCCGCGACUGCCGAAUGGCCUGAACCCAUCACCGUGCCGGGAAGCACGCCGACGUGGGACCCAUCCCCCACGAGCUCGCACUUCCAGGUACCGUACACGCCGCAGCCUUACGCGACGCCCCUGUUCUCCGCUCCGACGGCCACGAGCGGCAUGCCGCCGAUGAUCGAAAAGCAACUCCCUCCCAUUGACAUGUACCAUACGACCGCGACGCCCUUCUACUGA